CAUGCACAUGUGUAGAUACCCUACCUUUAGCGAUUCCCAAUUCACUCUAACAAGUCUCAAUGCCGGAAGUCCUAGCCUCUCGAUCCAAAUAUUCAGUCACUGACGGUCCGCUUACGAAGCAAUCAAAAAAGAAUAGCAAAGGUGAACAAUACGAAGAACGAAGCAGAGAAACGAAACAAUAAUGCCAGCCGACUUCGACUCUCUCUCAAAGCAGUUGCUGCAUCACGCGUCCCUUGUCCAGGCGCCACAGAAAGCCAAAAAUGAAGCCUUGACGGGCAAGAUAGCGGACAUGAAUCUCCACCCCACUCUAGAAUCCGCCCUGCACAUCCUAAACCACGACCUGCCUUCCGCCCACUUCCUCGUGCGACACAUGCAAGCCCCGCCCGCUUUGGAAGGCAUGCUUACCCACUCCAUCCUGCACCGGUGCGAGGGCGAUUUCCGGAACGCACGGUUGUGGCUGGGCGAUGUGGGGGAUGCAGCUGAGGGGUGGGUACCGAAGAAGAGGGAGCAGGAGGAGAGGCUGAGUAGGGAUGUCGCUGAGAAGUGUAAGGGGGGAAAGGAGAUUGAGAAGAGCUUGUUGGAGUGGGUGUAUGGGGCCGAGGGUGUUGAAGCGGGGAAGACGUUGGUUGAUGAUGUGGAGGGGUGGAGGAAGAGGAAGGGUGGAGAGAGUGAGGAAGGGAGGCUGAAGGAGAGGAUUAGAGAAGAGAUGGGAAAGGUGCUUGAAUGGUGCGUGAAGAAGUUUGGGACGCAGCAGUACACGGAUGCGAGCUCUGCCUGGGUCAAGAAUAGCGAGGAGGUACAGAAGAUUAGUAAUGAUAUGGUUAGUGGGGACAAGGGGCAUCGAAGGUUCUGAGGCGAUUGGCAUGGAUGACAUUCUUGGGCGUAGGAUCGCGUGUGGGUGAUGGACGUCGAGGUACGCUGUCUUCGAACAGAACGGUAAGAGGGUCCAGAACGAGGUGCUUGAAACGAAAGUUCGAGGCGUUGAGG